UCUCUGUGAAGAUAUUUUCUCUCUGGUUUCCAAAACAAAACGUAGCCCAUAUAAAACGCAGACUGACGGGCCUCUCUCUUUUUCUCUCCUUCUCUACCAAUUAGAAUCUCUUAUGGUUAUGGUCUGAGAUUGAAGCAGCUCUCAUCAAUCAGAUUGUGUUCUUCCAAUUCAAGCUUUCUCGAUUUCGAUUCCGGAGUUAUGGACCGGGAAGGAGGUUCCAAUGCUGCCGGAUCUUGCUACUACGCCGUCCUCGGUAUUCGCAAGGAUUCCUCCUCCUCCGAUAUACGCGCCGCUUACCGCAAACUCGCCCUGAAAUGGCAUCCGGAUAGGUGGGCCCGGAACCAGAACGCGGCGGUGGCCGGAGAAGCGAAUCGCCGGUUUCAGCAAAUCCAAGAAGCUUAUUCUGUUCUCUCGGACCAGGGGAAGAGGUCACUGUACGACGCCGGGGUUUACGACCCGCUGGAAGAGGAAGACGAAGAAUUCGGGGAUUUCAUGCAGGAGAUGAUUUCCAUGAUGAACAAUGUGAAGGACGAGGGUGACAGCUUUGAAGACCUCCAGAGGAUGUUUGUGGAAAUGGUUGGUGGUGAUGAUAACCACGGCAAGGGGUUUGACAUCGGCGGCGCGGAUCCAACGGCCACCAAGAAGGCACGUGUGGGUUCGUCCAGAAGUAACUCUAAUGCCGCCAAGCGAGAAACGGCGCGGUGCUAGGCCGCCCUACCGGUUCACCACCGGCAUUCAUGGUGUAAUUCGACGAUUUAACCUCACCUGGGUAUUGGCUUGUUUUGUAAUGGGUAGGUGGAUUUUUAGGCAACUUAAUCUAGCUCGGCUGAAGCACCUGUUAGUGGGUUGUCACAAAAACUUUGCAGUAUUGGUACGUUUUAGCAAUAAAAUUUCUUUUUGUGGGUU